CAGUCAAAGAGCACCUCAAGAUGUGCAGGGCGGUGAUCUUCAUGGCGCUGGUGGGGCUGGCCGUGGGCUAUCCGGCUCUGAACGACGCCUUCAACGCUCUGAUCGGGAGUUCAGGGUCCGCUUGCUCUCUCCCUGUGGUUCGCGGCCCUUGCAGGGCGUACUUCCAGAGGUACGCCUUCAACCCCAGCACCGGCACCUGCCAGCCCUUCAUCUUUGGCGGCUGCGACGGCAACGCCAACAACUUCCUGAAGCGACACCAGUGUCAGCAGGCCUGUGGCGGCUACUGAAGAGCGCGCGGCGGAGGAGACGGAACCGGGUUGUCUCUGGCGCGGAAAGCAGACGACAUGGCGGACAUGGGCGCCCACGUUGCAUGGCAGCGCGGGUGAUGUCAAAAGCGAGGGUGCCUCUGCUGGCUGUGUACACAGCACGUAAGAUGAGGGGUGUGUAUGUGGUGUGUAAGGUAAUAUACGCCUCUUAUGUGCUGAUCUGCGCUUUGUGAAUGUUCGUAAGCUGCUGAGAUUGCUUUUGUACGGUAUUUAUUUACCUUUGCUGUUGUGGCAUGGAAAUGAAUAGUGUUUUGGCAGUUAGUCAUUCUGCCCUCGCUUGUUUGCACAAUGUGUCACUGCAAUGAAGGUCAUGAAUCAUUCAAAUGCACGUGUUUUGCAAUACAUUCAACACUCACCUCUUAAAGUCGCUAUCAGAGCUCGUCACUCGUCCUUUCAUCGGCGCAUCAGUUCGUCAUUCUUCAGAAUGCCAUUGCACCUCGUCAUGGUAACCAGUCGCAAAAUCGACGCUCCGACAAAAU